CCCUUUAAGUAGGUCUUCGUAAUAUUACGCAUCUGCGUUCAUAUCAACGCUCGUCCUCCCUCACAAGGCUCUCAAACAAACCUCACGCGCCAGAAUCCCUCUCAUUAUCAGCAGCACCCGCCCCGUCGACUCGCCCUCCCGAGCAGCGGAGCACCGCUGUGGCGGAGUCCUUGACGGGGACGAGCACGGGUAAACACGACAAAACACUGCUGUUUACAUGAAGGCAAGCUGAUUCUCGCCGGAAGGCUGCUACUAGGGAGGAAGACAGAUCCAGCUGAAGAAGAAGAAAGAAAGGAGAGGACUGCUGACUCCAUGUCUUCGCCUUCAAAUAAAAGAUCUGGCUCUGGAUCACGCAAGUAAGGCACAUCUUUUGUCUGUCAUUAAUCUUCUUUCUAACCAACAAUCUUUCAAACUUGCAGCUGUGUUGGUGCUUUGCUGUAAUAUCUAACCCAUGUAGCUGCUGUUUAACUCUCUUAAUCACACUUGUCUCUGCUGCAGUUUAACGACCUUUUGAGCUUUAUGUGCUUCAAUAAUCCUCUCUCUCUCUUCUGCUGCUGUUAUUAAUACAUCAGAUGUAUAGCUCUUUCAAUUUCUCUCUCUGCUGUUAAGAUAUUUUCACUUUACAACUACCAGAGUGUAUAAAACUGCCUGAAUGGUCAGUUCACAUUAAUGUACAAGGAUAAUAAACACAUAAACACAAUUGCACAUUAUCCUAAAUAAGAUUUUAAAUGUUUUUAAAGGAAGUCUCUUAUGCAAGGCUGCAUUUAUUUGAUCAAAUAUACCGUAAUAUUGUGAAAUAUUAUUACAAUUUAAAAUAACUGUUUUCUAUUUUAAUAUAUGUGACCCUGGACCACAAAACCAGUCAUAAGGGUCAAAUCAUCUGAAACCUGAAUAAAUAAGCUUUCCACUGAUGUAUGGUUUGUUAGGAUAGGACAAUAUUUGGCCGAGAUACAACUAUUUGAACAUCUGGAAUCUGAGGGUGCAAAAAAAUCAAAAUACUGAGAAAAUCGCCUUUAAAGUUGUCCAAAUGAAGUCCUUAGCAACGCAUAUUCACUCACAAAAAUAAAUUUUUGAUAUAUUUACGGUAGGAAAUUUACAAAAUAUCUUCAUGAAACAUGAUCUUUACUUAAUAUCCUAAUGAUUUUUGGCAUAAAGAAAAAUCAAUCAUUUUGACCCAUACAAUGUAUUGUUGGCUAUUGCUACAAAUAUACCCAUGCGACUUAUGACUGGUUUUGUGGUCCAGGGUCACAUAUUUUAAAAUGUAAUUUAUUCCCGUAAUGACAAAGCUGAAUUUUCAGGAUCAUUACUCCAGUCUUCAGUGUCACAUGAUCCUUCAGAAAUCAUUCUAAUAUGCUGAUUUGGUGCUCAAUAAACAUUUCUUCUUAUUAUCAGUGUUUAGUUGUGCUGCCUUUGAUUAGUCUAAUGCAACCUUUCUAAAUAAAAUUAUUAAUUUCUUUCAUAAAAGUUUUGACUGGUAGUACAGUCCAUAUACUGUAGCACCACAGAAAUAAAACCUUUCUUUCUUUUGUAAAAAGUCUGGCAUAGAAUGACUAAAUUACUUCAAAACAAAUUACAAAUUCCACCAAAUUAUAUAAAAUAUAUAUGUCAGUCUGAUUAUUCAUGAAGCACAGGAUAAAGCAAUAUUUUUAAUAAACAUACUUCAAGUUACAUUUAAAAUUGUGUGCGUUUCAGAAAUUUGUUGUCAUUAGAAACUUUAAACUAAGAUACUACAUCAUGCAUAUCUACUAAUUUUUUUAAUAUGAACUAUCUAGUUAAUUUUUUUUAAACCUUCUGAGCGAGUUAAGCAUAAACGUGCUGCUGUGUCUCACUUGUUCUCUUUCUUUUUCUUUCUUUUUGAACUUUUUUAGCAUUAUUUUACAUAACGGUUAUAAUAAAAAACUAUACAUGACAAUUGUAUGAAUUAUACAACUAUGGAUAAAUCUAAAAAAUUUAGUUUUCAUACACUUUAGGUUUAAGCCACACCCACAUCAGUUCUGUCUGAAUACAGAUAAUUUGUCACUGUAAAGUAUGUACCAGUAUGGCAGUGAGUAUUCAUGGUAACAAUGCAGUAGAGCCCAGCUCUGUGCCUCUGUCUCAUCUCUUUCCUCAGAUUCAACCUGCUGAAGGCCCUACAGCCUAAGCAACGCUUGCAACAAAUGCUGUCGUCUCCCACUGCAUCUCCAGUUUUUGACUAUUGCAGGUUUAUAGAGCUAGACUACACACCCAUGGAGUCAGGCAUUAUGGUCUCUAUGAGACAGAGCAGAGGAUUUGUGACACCAAAGUCCCCGGAACGCCACUGUCGACGAAGUCCAGCACCCGUCAGUAACCGCGAUCCCUAUGGAAAUGCCUCUCUUAGCAGCAGUAGCAAUUCAGGAUCAUGCAAGGGCAGUGAUGGAAGCCCAACCCAUAGGCAUCACAUGAAAUACACUUCCUGCAAUGAUAACCAUGGAAUCCGGCCCCCUCCACCUGAGCAAUAUCUAACUCCACUGCAACAGAAAGAGGUGUGUAUCAGACACCUGAGAGCACGGCUUAAAGAGACCAUCGACAGACUGCAGGACAGGGACACUGAGAUUGAUGAGUUGCGUACUCAGCUGUCUCGUAUGCAAGAAGACUGGAUUGAAGAGGAGUGCCACCGCGUGGAGGCCCAGCUGGCUCUGAAGGAGGCUCGCAGGGAGAUCCAGCAGCUUAAACAGGUUGUAGAUGUUGUCCGAUCCAGUCUGGGAGACGCUGAUACGGGGGUGCAGAAGUGCUUCCAAGACAUAAACCUCCAGAACCACAAGCUAGAGUCUUUAUUGCAAAGCAUGGAGAUGGCUCAGAUCGGCGCCACCAAAGCAGGAGAAGCCCUAGCAGGUGGAGGGGUGGUGGGGGCAGGGCUGGAGGUCAGCGAGGGCCUGGUGGAGUCUUCCGAAGGCUCCCCAGCUCGCUCGCUUACCCGCAGCUCUACCUACACCAAGCUGAGUGACCAGACCGGCCCGGAACGUGGGGGUAAUGAAAACGGGUGUGACAUUCCAUGUUUGUCAGGCGAGGGCACGCAGGACAGCGGGUUUGUUUGCUGCGGAGACAGUGGAAGAGGAGCCAGCAAGGCAGAUCUGCUCCUGGAGGCUGCAUUUUUGUCUCAAGAGACUGCUUCGCUGCUCAAUGCGUACUCCCGCCUGCCACACUCCUCCACCUAUGAGGUGCUGUGCAACAGUGAGCCAGGAGUUGUGCCACUCCGCUGCAGUGGGAUCGGAAUGGGAACCAGUGUUAGCUUAAGUAAUCCAUGUCUGUCGCAUCAUCACUUAUACCUGCACCACCUACGUGAGCAAGGCAUUCAAACCGACCAUUCUCCGGCUUCAGCCCCUGCCCACGGCCCCAGUACAUCUUUUAACUCUGAUCUGGACACUAUUGCUGAGCGUACCUUCCGCUCUCAGGCCUGCAGCCCGACCUCUACGUGGAUGUCUGACGAGGGAGAUGAUCUGGAGUCGGUAACUACAGAGUCAGCCAUUACUGCAACAGUUGCCACAACUUCCAUUGUCAAUGAAUUUUCCACUAAGUCUGCACCGGUUGUUGCAAUGGAGCCUUGCGCACCAACUGUAUCAGUUACAAAAGGACCUGCAUCUUUAGCGUUGAUCCCCAUGGAGUCCUCUGUCAAGGAGACUACUGUUUCAGCGUCCCUUACAGUCUUACCAAUCACAACGACAGCUUUGACCACAGAGACCAUUGGAUCUCCAGUAACUAACUCUGUUCAACCUCAACCUCUAACAGACCCUUUGCCAAACCCUGACACCUCCCCUUGCUCUGUGCAGCCAUUGGUUGAGACAGAAGAGGACACCCUUCCACAGACCACUCAGCCUUGUAGUGUACUUACAGAGGCUGGGGUUGCAGGGGAUAAUGUUAUCAAUAUAGAUGCAGAUGAUGAAGAUGAGGUUGAUGAAAGUGCUACGAACACAGAGUCCAAGUCGUCUAGCUGUGGUUUACCAGUAAAGAACUACUGGAGCCGGCACUUCCUAGUGGAUUUGCUUGCAGUGGUCGUGCCAGUGGUGCCCACAGUGGCGUGGCUCUGUCGGGGUCCACGCCGGGAUGGUCAGCCUAUGUACCAUAUUGGUUCUCUAUUGCGGGGUUGCUGCACCGUGGCCCUCCAUUCCCUGCGCCGAGGAGGUGGUCUUCGACAUUACCCCGCAGGAGGAGGUGGUCCAGGAGGAAUGAAUAUAUGAGACCUUCUCUUCUGUCUUGGGAAGCCCUGAAGCCAGUGAUAUCACUGUUCUUCUGUAAGAUGUGCAAUAAGAGAGUGGUUAAAUAUUAAUUGAGGCAACCAGUGGAAGCAUAGUGUCUGAGCACAGCACCUUAAUGCUGUGGUUCUCUAUGGUCUAUAUUCAAGAGGAGAUAAGAAUGAGGAAGUGGAAUCACUAGCAUGUAUUUACACCUACAAAUAAGAUGCUCAUGAAGACUUCAUGCGAGCUUUCACCUUUCUCCACAACUGCUACACUGAGUAAAGGGGUGAGAUGAUGUGUUUUGAAUGACUGACACAAUGACAUUGACUCAGCUUUGUGAGUGACACUAAAAGAUCCCCUUUAAUAUGAUUGUAUUACCCCUAUUUCGAGUGAAGAGACGCAAUAAGUGAUGGAAAGGAACUGUCCUUUUGUGCGUCCCUCUCACUGUCACUGCAGAGGGUGUGUAUGUUGUAUAUGUGUGUUGAUUUAUCUGAGUGAGUGUUUUUGUUGUGUUAAUGUACAGUGCAGCCAAAGUACCUGGAUUACUAAUGGCCAUCAUUGUUGUAGCCGUGAGUGCAGUAGUUAGCUGUCCCAUUACUUAUGCCUGUGUGGCUCAGAGCAGUCAUCUUUUCCCCUUAAGGAGCCAGGCAAGCGCCUGCUGAGCUAUUUAUAUGCUUUGCAUAUACUACUAGUGUCCUAGAUAAAUGCUGUCACACAAUGAUACUUAGUCCAUCUGGAGUCUUUUAGAAAAUGUAUUCUUUAUAUCUAGGCUCAAAUAAGUGGGAAAGUUUAAUAGUUUAGAAAUUCUCUGUAUGGUUGAAUGCUAAAUUGUGUAUUUAGGAAAAGGGUAAUGCAUUUUAAGUAAUAAUAACAGUAAGAAGGAUUCAGCGUUUAGACAAUGAUCAGGGUUAAAUGACUUUAAUAGGGUCAUGGGAGCUUUUUCACCAGAAAUGAAUUUUAUGAUUUUGUUUCACUGUGUGAUUUUUCACUGUGUGACCAUCAAAAUACUGUCAUAGCCAAAUGUUUUUGGAUAAAAGACUAAGCUUUAAUAAUAAGUGUAAUUUUAAUGUUCACUGUUAGACUAGGUUAUACAAUUCAAACUCAAACUGGCGAUAGCCACCAUGUGAGACGAGAACGCUAAAAACAACACUAAAGAGUGUAAUUGAGGCCACAUGUGGAUUUGUGGUUCAGAGUUAGAUUUCACCAACACCACCAUUUCAAAGAAUCAUCACUGAUUUACAAAUAUACUUUAAUAUUUAUACUUUGCGUAUAUGUGACAGCAGAAUUGAUUUGCCAGAAAACAGUCACUAGUGCACCUCUUGUGGCCAGUGUUGCCAAUUGCUUUCAGUUGAAAGUAGCUAAAACUGGUCACUAGAUGGCAUCAUACUGGCGAGUGACUGAUCUAUAUUAAUAUAAAUAUAGAUCAGUGGGCGAGUCACAGAAUCUAGAUAAGGUUUGUCAAAGAAGUUGCUACAUUUUACGGAGCCCCGGACAUGAUAUGCAGGAAAAAAAAUAGUAUGCUAAAUCGUGCGCACAAUUUAUUAAUUCGUUCCCUCGAUUUACUAAAACAUGCACACGAUUUACUAUUUCGCUCCCUCGAUUUAUAAAUCAUGCGCAUGAUUUAUAAAUCGAGGGAACAAAAUAGUAAAUCGUGCGCACGAUUUAAUUUUUUUUUUUUCUUGCAUAUCAUGUGCGGGACUCAUGUCGCUAGGAUUUUGAAAAAAGUCUCAAAAGGGGCGGGAAGUCGCUAAAUCUAGCGACAAAAUCGCUAAAUUGGCAGCGCUGCUUGUGGCCAGGGAGUGAGGUUUACCUGCAGAGGUCAUACCAGCUGUCCUCUGUUACACAAUGAAACAUCUGAAAUUAAUUUAUCAUUACACCCUGCUAAACAUGUUGUUGCUAUGCUAAUAUGCUAUUGAUGUAUUUGUGAAAUACUAUGUAAUAUAAUUCCACUAAAAAGAUCAAAGAAAGCAAAAAAUGUACGUAGUAAUGUAUUGUACAAAAAGAGGAGUAUUCAACUUGUAGAAAGUUGAAUCAUUUUUAAAAGUAGCGUGCAGAAACAAAUCUGAUUUUAAACCUCUGUUUCUAGCUUUUUCCAAACAUUUGGCCAUGACUGUAUGUCCCCUAUGAUACUCAUGUUGACCAUUUAUUUGAUUGACACUUAGGUGACAUUUACUGACAUGUCGAUUGCACUAUAAUUCACUUUAUAAGCAAUUACUUGAAGUAUACUUGAUUGUGUGUUUUUGUCUGUCCAAAGGCCAGUGCAUACAUGUGGAUUUGUGGUUCAGGUUUAGAUUUCACUAAACACCACCAUUUUAAAGUAUCAUCACUGAUUUACAAAUUUACUUUAAUAUUUAUAUUUCGUGUUUACGUGACAGCAGGAUUGAUUUGCCAGAAGAAAAAAAAAAAAGUGUACAAGAUAAUCAGCCAGAUGAACACUAAUUGUAGUUAUUUGCAUCUCACAUAUUGUCUUAUCUUCUGUCCCUCUAAACCAUGAAUAGCCGCUGCCUUUCAGUCUACCUCCUCCCUCUGAUAUCGUGUACAGUAUAUGUAGUGUGAUAUAGUCUUAAUUUGUUGUCUGUUUGCAAAGUUCUCUUUUAAAUAAUUUGCUGUGUGGCCCUGUAAGGUUUUCCGGCGCUUGAUAUUUAUUCUUUCAACUGCUUGACAAUCUUAAUUUGUGCUUUGUGGUGGCAAGUGUGUACAGAUGUCUUUAAUUUAUAGUCUAGUCCCUGCACUUUUCACCUCAUUCCAACUAAGCACUUAUUAAAGAACCUUACAAUAGAUUUAAGAAAAGAAGGCAUAUAUGUUCCUGUUUUUUUUUUUAAUCGUUAUUAUUGACUUUGAUGUUUGUUUAAACUAUGAAUGUGUGGCUUUCAGAUAGUUGUCUUUUGGCUUAAUGGAAUAUGAGGUUAAAUGAGAUUGUAAUCAAGCGCUACUCCAAGAACAGGAGGUUUCCUCCAAACUACUACUGUCUGUCAAUGAAAUGUACGUAAAUAACUAUCGCAUUAGUUAUUCGGCCAGAUAAAUGUUUUACGCUGAUGUAAAGCUUUGUAUAACUGCUGAAUUGACACAUAAGGCCUUGAUAAGAUUUUCUUGAAUUUUUUGAAGCCAUAUUACAAGCAGAAAUGUGUAUGUUGGCCCUAUAUGCUGGUACAUUUGAGUAAUAAUAUUUCUGUCAUAUAGUUAUUUUAUAAAAAAAUAUAUAUACUUUUAAACAGCAUUCAACAGUCUUCUUUUGGCAGAGAGAGGAGCUGUGCAAGUGUGUGUUAUUUAAUGUGAAAAUUCAUGCAUCAGUUAAUUUUUCUUUCUGCAAUUUCUGAUAAUUCCAGAUUAUUUGCUUUGAAGCUUCAGAUCCACCAUUAAGAAGUCUACAGAUAUUAUUAACAUCUUGUUAGUUUACAAAUAAAAUAUUUGUUAAUUAUCUUCUGGGGUUAACAAGCUGUCCUUAGAGGAGUGCAUGUCUGAGCAUUGUGACAGUUUUCUCCAUGUCCAAAGUUUUUAUAGCAUUUUUUUCUUUUGCCAGUUCCAAGUUUGAUGUCAAUGUCAACUGGCACAUCCUUUUGUUUAGAAUGUAGUUUUGUAACCACAAAUCAUCUUGGAACAGAUGCAUCUCUUGUUGAAUCAUUACUGUCCAAUAACACUUUUUAGGUUAAACUGGCAAUUCAGAUGUUUUAAAUGUCUUUUUAUCACCUUCAAAUAUGGUUUGAAGACUUUAGUACCUCAUAUAUUCUGUAAACUAUUUGGUUAAAUGGAAAGAUUGGAAGUGGUUUAGCCACCAACAAGACAAAAGUCAUCGUAAGCCAUGCUUUUUCCUUUCAGAGUGAAUACUGAAAUGUAAAAUUGGUGGCAAACUGAUUUACAUUAGUAGUUUAGUGUCCAUUAAGCAGGAUUAUAUGACUGUGCCUAGAAGAUUAAAUCUCACAGAAGUACCUUUGUUAUAGAGAUUUUUUCUUACAUGGUAAUUCUAAUGACGUUUACAUUUUUCAUCUGGCACAUCAGUUUUGGCUCUGUAUUGUCUAACAGUAUCAGCACCCUAAGUGGAGCCAGUCUUGUAAGUCUGGUUGUGUUUCAUAUUGUCUUAAUAUUUUUGUGUAGAAUAAUAUUUUAAUGGUAAUAUUCGUGUGUACAGACAUCACUGCAACACAUCGCUCUUGACCCACAUCGCUAUGUAAAAGGAUCUAUAUUAAACAGCAUGGUGAACAAAG